GGAGGGACAGUAGAAUCACAACAGAGCUACUACAGCCUCUGACAGCUCUGGUUUGUGCCACACAUCGUUUCUCUGCUGUUACCAACAACGGAAAUGUCACGAAAACUUAAAGAGGAAUACUACCGAUUUUUCACCGUUACCGACCCACGUACUCACGAGAAGGGACACACGGAGUACAAAGUGACAGCAAGGUUUGUGUCCAAGCGUCGUCCAGAGGAUGUGAAGGAGGUGGUUGUGUGGAGGAGGUUCUCAGAGCUGAAGAAGCUCCAUGGGGAGUUGGCCUACACGCACAGGAACCUGUUCAGAAGACAGGAGGAGUUUCCCCCUUUUCCCCGUGCACAAGUUUUUGGAAGGUUUGAUGAGGCUGUGAUUGAGGAGCGGAGGAAGGCAGCAGAAGCCAUGCUUCUGUUCAGCACCAGCAUACCUGCACUCUACAACAGCCCACAACUCAAGGACUUCUUCAGAGGCGGUGAGGUUACAAGGCCCUUAGAUCCAACCCCCCUGUCCUCUGCCGGGACUCUACCUCCCCCUCUAAUCCCUCUCCCCAAGCGGAGGGCCUCAGACUGUGAGCCUGCUGAAGAGGAGGAGGGAAGGGAGGCUCCCACCUUACCUCAGGACCUCGGCACCAACCUGGGCUUAGAGGUGGGACAACCUGAGGUGGCAGCUGAGGCUUACAGCGAGAUGGGAGGCUCUCCAAGAGAGGAAGAAAGAGAGGAGCUCAGUGACACAGAGCUGGAUGACAGAGUCCCGUCUCCUCACCCAUCCCCAGCCAGAAACUACCGGUCGCAAGAGUCUCAGGAGGAGUUUGAUUCACUGUUUGAUUCUGUGGCAGAAGAGCAAGUCCCAUCCCCGAAGGAAGAGGGUCCUCCUCCACUGUCUGAUAAUGACUUGGCGGUCUUUGAUCCCUGUUAUGCACAAGAGAGAUCCAGUUCCUCCAGUGACCACUCAGAAUUGUUCUCACUGCCGCCAACUAGUCUAGAGGGAGGAGACGUGGGUUAUUUGAACCAAGCAGCCACUGAGCUAACAGCUGCCAUGGAGAGGGAGAAGGAGGGAGAAUUUAGCUCUGCCAUUCGUGGAUACAGAACGGCGGUGGAUAUAUUGAUCACUGGAGUACAGGGAGACCCAGACCCAGCGCGCAGGGACUCUGUGAUGAGAAGGACCGCCCAGUAUCUGAAACACGCUGAGAUGCUGAUCGACAGGCACUCCUCGCCCUCACACACUCACACAUCUGCACACACACAUGCACAGGACCCAUAGAUGCACACGCAUGUAAUUAAAUACACUGUUCCUACAAAUGAAGAUAGAUCAAAGACAAAGCUCAGGGUUGUGGCAUACAUAUACAUAUGCACACACACACACACACACACACACUCUUCCUCUCUUAAUAAAUAUACUCAUGGACAUACACAAAUGUACAGUUAGACACAGUAUGCAGACUCACAUACAUCAUACAACAUUCACAAAUACCAGCUCAUUCAGGUGCAAAACUACAGAACACACACAUAUAUACCACACUGACUCCUGGUGCACACACUACACUGCAGACUGUUUCUUUGGCUGCCUUUGUUUAGUGAGAAAUCUGUGAUUUACAAAAUCUUAAUAACUGGAAACUGAAAGUAACUGUAAUCUUUACGGAUUCAUGAUUAAAUAACUCUUCAUUUCUCCCUGUUUCUUUCAUCCCAUCUUCCUUUUACACUGUUCUCUUGUAAACAGUAAUGUAUCUGUAUAUUUCGUAAUUUGCAUUUUUUGCACAAAAAAAUGAUUUGUUAAUAAAUGUGAUUUUAAUUUAA